AUGAUCCUUCGCUUUCCAAUACAGGCCAAGUUCCUAUCACAGAGUGUUCUUAUAACAGCAGGACUUGCAGCUUUUACAUCUUACGCAAGCUCUUCAUUUGUGCAAUGCGAAGAGACACUACAGUCCAAAGUAGCAUUAGAUCCAAAGGAAUUUCGAUCAUUUCCAGUACGUAAAGUUGAGCGUAUUAAUCACAAUACGAAACGCGUGACAUUUGAUCUACCGACAGCAGAACAUGAGAUGGGUCUCAUCACACCUAGUUGUCUAAUGGCACGUGCUAAGGUUAAUGGAAAAACAGUCGUGCGUCCUUAUACGCCUACGAAUGUGAAUGAGGAGAAGGGUUUUCUAGAACUCGUGGUGAAAGGUUAUCCAGAUGGAACGAUGAGUAAACAUAUUGUACAACUGAAAGAGGGUGAUUCACUCGAAAUGAAAGGACCUUUUCGCAAGUUUAACUAUUAUCCAAACAGGUACAAGAGCAUCGGGAUGAUUGCUGGCGGCACUGGUAUCACUCCGAUGCUGCAGCUCAUUAAGACCAUUUGUCGCAAUCCAGAAGAUCGUACGGAGAUUACGUUGCUGUACUGUAGUGUGUCGGAGAAUGAUAUUAUCCUGCGCGAGGAAGUUGAGGCUAUGAUGUACCUUUACCCGCAAAUAUCGGUAAUCCACGUGCUGAGCAAUCCGUCUGCUGAAUGGCAGGGUCUAAAGGGUUUUGUCUCCAAGGAGAUGCUUGAGAAGUACAUGCCUGAACCAUCGGAUGAUAACCUCGUGUGUGUCUGCGGCCCACCGCCAAUGAUGUACCACGUCUCGGGCGACAAGGCGAAGGACAGGUCCCAAGGCGAACUGCAGGGUUUGCUCAAACAGCUGAACUACACGUCGACACAAGUGUUUAAAUUUUAG